UUUCGACUGACUGAGUGAAGUGCGAACUCACACUUCGACAGAAAAAGUCCACGCUUUUCCUCAGUUUUACACCAAUUCCUCGAAGACUAUGGCGGACGACGCUUGGGCCCAGGCCGCGGACUCGCAGGAGAGUAGCCAGCUGACGGAAAAGUUGAAGGAUGUGAAGCUUGACCCUGAGAAGAAGACACCAGAAGCGGCGGCGGGAGGUUCAGGGGACGGAGAUGACAAGGCAGCGGCCGGCACAGCUUCUGGUGCAGAGGCAAACGGGGAGAAACCUGCAGAUACUGAUGAGAAAGCUCCCAGUCCCGAGGAGGUGUCGUUCCUCAGGAAAGUCUUGAGAGAACGUCUUGUGCAGAAUAAGAAUGAGGUGGAGAUCAUGCAGAAGGACCCCAACUCUCCGCUCUACUCCGUCAAGAGCUUUGAGGAGCUCAACCUUCCCCCCGACCUGCUGAUGGGAGUGUACCACAUGGGGUUCAACGCCCCCUCCAAGAUCCAGGAGACUGCUCUGCCAAUGUUACUGGCUGAUGAUAAAACCAACAUGAUUGCCCAGUCCCAGAGUGGUACAGGGAAGACAGCAGCCUUCGUCCUGACCAUGCUCAGUAGAAUCGACACCAAGAAACCCUACCCACAGGCGUUGUGUCUGGCCCCCACCAUGGAACAAAACCUGGGUAGAUCCUGUCAGAUGCUGCUGUUCUCAGCGACCUACGAUGACCCCGUCAUGGCCUUCGCACAGGUGGUUGUGCCAGACCCGGUUAUCAUCCGGUUGCGCCGGGAAGAAGAGAGUCUGGACAACAUCAAACAGUACUACGUCAGCUGUGAAAACCGAGAGGCGAAAUUCCGCGCCCUGUCCAACAUCUACGGCGUGGUGUCUAUAGGGCAGUGUAUGAUCUUCUGUCAUACGAGGAAAACGGCAGCCUGGCUUGCAGAGAAGAUGAAAGGAGACGGCCACGCGGUCGCCUUGCUGACGGGAGAGCUGAUGGUAGAACAGAGAGUCGCUGUGAUUAACCGCUUCAGGGACGGCAAGGAGAAAGUACUCAUCACCACAAACCUGUGUGCAAGAGGAAUUGACAUUGAACAGGUGACCUUGGUGGUGAACUUUGACAUCCCCGUGGACCAGUACGGGCAGCCGGACUGUGAGAACUACCUGCACCGGAUCGGGCGGACGGGGCGCUUCGGCAAGAACGGCCUCGCCAUCAACAUGGUGGACGGGCCGCGCUCCAUGUCACAGCUCAGCAAGAUACAGGACCACUUCGGGAAAAAGAUCGCCAAGUUGGACACUGAAGAUGCAGAAGCAAUUGAAACUGCAGUGGGAGAGCAGGAAUAGAAA